CCGCCACCGCAUCAUCAGUCCGCGUCGGAGAGCUGCCUGCGACGCUUGUCUGCGAGCUCGAUCCCUCAGAUACGCUGCUGGUUUACGGCGUGCCGUAACACGACACGUUUGGAGGGACCGCCGCUGCUACGCGUGUGCCUAGUGCUCUGUGAACAUUGGAUUUUGUGCUACUAGUGUUGUGACGAUGUACAUGUGCUGAAUUCUGCGGUUUAUGUCUUCUUAGGAUUUGACGACGCAACUAGUUCCGGAUCAGCUCAGCCGAUUGUCGUAAUGAAAGUUGUCAGCCUACAACUGCCGUCGGGGCCAAGCAUGGAGCGGCUGCCGCUGCCAUUCAGCCCGACAGAGUUACUGUGGCGGUACCCACUGCCUUGGGCACCGCCGCCUCCUUCUCCUCUGGGCGACACAAAGGCACAGCUCCCAGCUGGCUUACCUCCAGAACCAAGAUUAUGGACAAGAGAGGAUGUUGCAGUUUUCCUUAAAUGGUGCGAAAGAGAAUUCGACUUGCCCAAUUUUGAUAUGGAUUUAUUUCAAAUGAAUGGAAAGGCAUUAUGCCUCUUGACGAAAACGGACUUGGGAGAGCGGUGCCCGGGCGCUGGCGAUGUGUUGCAUAAUGUUCUGCAAAUGUUAGUUCGAGAUGCAGCACUUUUAGGAAGAGUGCCUUCAUCGCCCGUAACGCCAACAGCGCGCGCUGCCCCUUACCCGCCAUCACCACACUCGCACCCACCUACGCCUACAUGGGCAGUUGACGGAUUCCACCAUUUCCAUAGCGCAGCAGCAGCUGCUGCGCAGCCUAACUCUGUCACUUUAAGUCCUGCACCAUCAGUAGACAGUUCUGGAAGUCCACAACGUGGUGAAGCAGUUAGCUAUGGACCGACAUAUGCACCCUCUGUUACUGCACCAACUCAAGCGGCUAGCUCCGGAAGUAAUCAUUCCGAUUCGGACGAAGAAGCACAAUUUGCGCCGCCUCCACGCUCUCCUAAAGAUGCUCCUCUAGUGAGCCCAGCGCCGCAAAAUCAUCCAGCGCAGCAUUCUCAUUAUCGUACUCAACAUCGGGAAUUUUUCCCAAAUGAUAUGCCUGAAUCAAAUACAAAUGGAAGACUAUUAUGGGACUUUCUACAACAAUUACUAAAUGACCCGACACAGAGAUAUACUAAUUAUAUCGCAUGGAAGAACCGAGAAACAGGAGUUUUUAAGAUCGUAGAUCCAGCAGGAUUGGCUAAGCUUUGGGGUAUCCAGAAAAAUCAUCUUUCGAUGAAUUACGACAAGAUGUCACGUGCUCUUAGAUACUACUACCGUGUCAACAUUUUACGGAAAGUUCAAGGAGAGAGACAUUGCUACCAGUUCUUGAGAAAUCCUACAGAAUUAAAGAACAUCAAGAACAUCUCGUUAUUGCGGCAACAAAUGAGCCCCACUAGAGUAGUGCCGCAGCCCAUGGUGAAAACAGAGCUGAAGGAAGAGCGUUGCGAAGACGAAACUAUAGACGAGGACAUGCCUACCGACCUGAGCAUGGCGACGUCGGAGCCAUGGAGGAAGCGCGCGCGCGUCGACCCCGGUGCGGUGCCCUCGCCACAUGACAAACACCGCAUUAGUGCACUCAUUGGUGACAACAUGAUGCUCAAACGUGAAUCUGACUACAGUGGUGAUCAUUACGCACUCAACCUCAAAAGUGAAAAAUGUGAACAAUGAUGGAAUUCAAUAUGAAAUAACGCGGGACACUUUUAGUGCAGAGCGAUCAUAGACUUUAUGUGAACUAGCUCCACCAAUAAAAUUCUAGUCAAAUUCCUCUCAGGAAGGAUUACUAUUGUCUUCCUAAAUGUGUAAAAAAAUCUGAGGACUGAGAGUACUUUGACAGAUUUAUAAUGGUCUCUGGAGUUAAACAGGGUAUGGACCUUUAACGAUGCCUUUGUGCCAAGUGAUUUUAUCUAAUAGCGUCAAUUACAUGAAUAGUUAGCAAAACAGAAAAGAGUUUAUGUGUGUUGAAGUCAUAGAAACUAUAUUAAAACAGUGCAAUGGAACAUUCAACUGCUGACUAAUUGCAGUGUCAGCCGUUAUUGUUGCCAAAAGAAGUAUAUCACAAUGUGCGUGUCUGCCACGCGCUCAUUAAUGCAUUUUGUAAUUUAAUUAGCUAUAUAGUAUGUUUAAUAUUUGUAAUUUGCUAAAAAAGAGCGCAUAAUGAUGGAAUAAAUAAUUAUUAUUCUAUCUCAACAAAAGCUAAAAUUGUAUCAUCAUUUAAGUAACAUUGUCUUCCAUUGAUUCAUUUUGGCAAAACCAUUUCAAUUGUAGCAAAGAGAUUAAAAACUAUAUCUACCACAUGGAAUCUAUUGCCGAGGACCAUAAAUACUUAAGAACAAAAUACAGUGAAUUUAAUCUGGCAGCUAUUAAAAAUUAACUAUCUAUUUAGAAAAAAAUAAUGGUACCUUGUUAAGAGACAAUAACUAUUAACUGUUACAAAAAUAUAUUUGCCUUUAAAGUCAAAAAGAAUAUAAGUAUAUCCACUGUGAUAAAAAUAAAGUGGUAGAAGUAUAGAGUAUGCUAGGGCUUUUACUCAAAGAUUUCCAGCUACAAUUUUCUGUGAUCUCUUUUAUCAAUGUAGGUAAAUGUCAUAGAGAAUAAAAUAAAAAGUAUGUUUUUGUAAAUAAUAGAAUUUAAGAAUAAAUAAGUUAGGUUAAAUAAAACAGACUGUAAAGAGAGUGUAUGUAUGAUUUGUAAAACAAAGUGGAGCUUUAUCAAAGUACCUAGUAAUUAGUAAGUACUAUUGCAACUGAGUUUGUAUUUUUACAAUUAUUUCUAUGUUGACAUAUGUGUGUCAUUAUUUCCAAUAUAUUGUACACAAUAUAAACAUAAUGUUUUACAUUAAAUAUUGUGUCUGAAUUAUCAUAAUUUAAAAUAAAAGAAAAGUAAUGUUAUCCAA